UCCCGGAUCGUUCCUUAAGAAACUCGAAAAACCAAAACCGGAACGACGAAACGCAUUCCUCAGUCUCAUCGAAACGGCCAUGCAACCAUAGCAAAAGCCCGAACGAGGAAGAACCAGAUACAGUAACUGAACUCCGGUCGCUCUCGCUCUCGCUCUCUCGCUCUAUAUCUUCUUCAGAUUCUUCUUCAAUGGCGACCGCCAGAAACUACAUUUUCCGGCCGAGCUACCGGUUCCUCGAUGCCGACCUCGCCGCCUCCAUGUCCCGCGGCCCCUCCCCCUCCUCCUUCGAACUCGACGAGUCCGACCUCUUCUACAACUCCCCUCGCUCCCGCUCCCCCGACCCGCGCGACCGAUCCGCUCCCACCAGCACCACCAGGAUCCCCAAGAAGCCGGCCGCCGCAAGACGCCCCGGCGGGGCGGGGGCGGGGGCGGCGUCGUCGCUGCCGGUGAACGUGCCGGACUGGUCUAAGAUCCUGCCGGAGGAGUACAGGGAGAACCAGCGGCGGGACAGCCUGGAGAACGACUUCUUCGAAGAGGACGGCGACGGCGACGGCGACGAGGGAGAGGGAGAGGACGAGGGCCGCGGCGGGAAUGGGGGGAGGAGGAGGAUUAGGGGGUGGGUGCCGCCGCACGAGCUGGUGGCUAGGACGAGGAGGAUGGGGUCGUCGUCCUCGGUGACGCUGAAGGGGAGGGACUUGAGCAGGGUCCGGAACGCCAUCUGGGCUAAAACCGGCUUCCAGGAUUGAAUUUCGGAGAGAUUAUUUUCCUUCCUUUUUUUUUUUUUUUGAAUUUCUAAUUUUCCCCUUUUUGGGUGGGUUUUUUUUUUUUAAUGGAUUUUUAGUGUACACGGCGUGACGGGCUCUAAUUUCCGACUCUGAAAAUUAAUGAGCGAAUAGAAUCUCCUUCGAUUUCUCGUU